UUUUGACUAUAUAUUUAGAUAAAAUAUUUGAAAUAUGCUGGAAUAUGUCAUAUGUUUGUAUUUAAUUCUCAAGUUUAUCUCGCAUAUAAUCCUAUUACCAUCGUUUUUGGUACGUAAAUGUAAAAUUAUAACUUUUUACAAAUCAGCCUAUUUUUCGCAAUAUUGCUACUUGCGACAAAUCCUGUUAUUAAAAACGUCAAUCUUAUCUGUAAUCCUCAUGAUAAAUUUUUAUGUCAGAACAGUGGAAUCACAAACUAUUCCCUUAUCAGUUCGACGACCAAAGAAAAGUAGAUCGGAAACAAAGUUACAAAAAACAAUCUUAAUUGCAAUUCCUAGCUCUGUGGACUUUUACAACUAUGAGACGAAUAAGUUGUACCGGAAAGUUGUGAUGCUACAAAACGUGAGCAAUUCUUCAGCCAGAUUUCAAUUGAUGACAAGACCCAGUUCUCAGUUCACUGUCAUGAUCGAACCUAAAACACAAAUAGGGAAUAUUUCUCCAGGAAUGUAUAUAAAAUUGCUCGUUUUCUUUCGUUGCAAUAUCUUGGACGAACCCGAAGAAAUAUUGAUAAUAAAUGUGCAACGAGGACGUUCGGUAAUUGUUAAAUUACGCGGAUAUCGAGACCCACCAUUAUUCAGAGUGAUUAAUAUCCCUUAUUUCCAAUGCCAUCCAAAAUUGCAAACGACAGUAGGAAAUACUGAAUGGAUUAUGGAAAUUCCUAUAUAUCAACAAACGAAUUCCUGCGAGAAGCCUACCGAUGUAAGUAGGAACACUUCUAGAGAAAAUAUAAUGCAAUGUAGGAAAUCGAGGAGCUUUGACUGUGGAGAAUGUCUCAUAGGUGAACAAGUUAUCUUGUCUCUAAUGAUUAAAAAUAUUGGUGGUGAUGGAAAAUUCUUCAUUAUGAGCGAAAUAGAUUGGUAUUCAAUGCACAUUGAGGACAUUACUAAAAAUAAUAUGCUGAUUCUACCAUCUUUCGCGAUGUGGCCUGUGUAUUUUACACUCAAAUCGCAAGAGCAUAUAUACCUGUACCUCUGUUUCUUUCCUGAUGCUCGCGGAAUGCAUAUAGAAACAUUGUAUGCGAUUUGCAACAAUUGUUCGGUGGUAACGACAGAGAUCAUUGGUGAUGGGGUUAUGUAUGAACAAUAGAAUAAAUAAAGAGAACUGUACUGUAUUCACAAAAAUAAUGUUAAGUAUCAUUAAAUACAGUUUUAUUGUAUAUUUAUAUAUAGUGACAAAAAAAGAAUUCUAAAGAGAGGGGGGGGGAGG